UUACCAUCAACCUUCCUGCUUACGUCAUCCAUUUCCUCAUCAGCCACUAUGGGUAAAGGCGGUCGCAUUGUCUGUAUCUUCACCCCAUAUGCCCUCACUAUCGCAUCCUUAAUAUGUAUCAUCAUGGUGGGUCUGGGCUGUACCAAGUCCAGCUCUAGUACCUUGAAUGAUCUCUACUUCUUCAGAGCCAACCUUCAAAACAUUACCAACUCAACCUCGUCGACGGCAGCGAGUAUAACCUCGGCCAUCAGUGACCUGACCGGUGUCUCCGACGGCGACUUAUCAUCCGCGUUGGAGGAGAUCGAGAAGGAGUACGAUAUCGCAGACUUCUACACGGUCGGUCUAUGGGGUUACUGUCAAGGCAACAUCACCAACGGCAACGAUUACAAGACGACCAACUGCUCGAAACCCGAGGCUGAAUUUUGGUUCAACCCGUUGGAGGUGUGGAACCUGGAAGAGACUGGUCUCGAGAAUGCGCUCUCCAGCAGCGUGAAGAAGGAGCUGAAGGUUUACAAGAGUGUCUCCAAGUGGAUGUUCAUCGCCUACGUGAUUGCGUUCAUCGCCACUAUCGUCGAGCUGGUCGUGGGCGUCUUCGCCAUCUGCAGUCGCUGGGGUAGCUGCGUGACCACUCUAGUUUCAGCUGUCGCAUUCCUCUUCACGACAGCUGCCUCUGUGACGUCGACCGCACUAUUCGCCGUCCUCAAGGGGGUCUUCAAGACUGAGCUGGAAUCCUAUGGCGUCAAGGGCCAAAUGGGCAAGAACAUCUACGUCGCCACCUGGCUCGCCGUCGCCUUCUCCCUCGGUGCAUCUUUGUUCUGGCUCCUCAGCACCUGCUGCUGUUCCGGUCGCUCCCCCUACAACCACCGCAGCCAGGCCCGCGCCAUCACCGCCGAGAAGGCUCCGUACACCUACGAGCCCCUCGGUCCCUACGGCCAGCCCCAGCAGCCUGUCUACAGCAACACCGCCUACCCGCCCCCUCCUCCCCCGGGUCACGUCCCCAUGCAGCAGAAUGGCCGCAGCAACGCGUAUGAGCCUUUCCGUCACGUUUAAUAAUGUUGUUUCGCAAAUUUCUUACCCGAUUUUUCAUCGAAUGACAUCUGGGAAAAUGGCGUUUCGUUGGAGACAUCCGGAGAUAAUGACCCCCAUACACCACUGAUGACUCGACUCACGCGACUUCUUGUCAGUAGCUGACAGUUGAUCGGAGUUUGCGUUGGUC